CAGAGACAAUCACACUCUCUCACUGGACACACAAACACCGGGACCUACUUUUUUUGAUCCUGAGAGAAGAGGGUUUUUUUGUCUGGGUACUGGAUCCUCCCGUGGUUUGGCCGGUCUGGACUGAAACAAAACAGGAGAAAGAGAAACACACUUGAGCAUCAUCAGUCCUGCUCAGAGUCGUUCAAGGCUCUCCAGACUUUUUGGGGGAAAUUACCCUUAACUCACCUCCUCAGAAGAUAAGAUAAGAUAAGGCUGCACAGCCAUGAGGGUCUUCAACCUGCUCUACCUGCUCCUGCUGCUCGUGGCCGCUGUAACGUCAGUCUCCUCCGUCAGACCAGAUUUCCUGAACCUACGGAGGAGAUACCACAGGCACCACUGCCCAUACAGACGCUGCCUCCCCCUCCACUCCAGAGUACCCUUCCCCUAAGCUUGAAGCACGAGAAAGAAGGUGACCUCAGCAGAGCAACAUGGAUGUGAAGCAACUGAAGUGUGCCGCCCAAACACCAUGGAUGGGUUACCAGUAGCAACCCAUAGAUUGUUAAAGUGGAGGAGACACCAUGAUAACGUCACCUAAAGACUAUAAAGUGUUCAUAGCUGCAAAAGAGCUUCAAGAAACUGUCUUCAUUCCCAAUUAAAUAAAAAAUCAUGCUAUGUUUUGGCAUCCUGGAGGACAUGGAUCCCAGCUGCAAGCACCUUCCUUCUGCGUCGACAAAAGCCAGUACCUUGGUGCUGAACCAGAACAAGGAGAAAACGGAGUCACAAAAUCAUCAAGUAUAUUCCAACGUUCAACUUAAAAGCUACGGACCAAAGAGCUGGAAUCAUCUUAGUGAAUGCAGCUACGAUGAACAGCAUCCAGAUAGUAUUCCCUACAAAGUGUCUAUAAUGCAUGUAUGCACUUCAAAUGUUU